UUUAGUAUCAUUGUGGACUCAGAGAGACAACUGAUCGUAUGUCAUUGAAUGCUGUCUCAAGCUUGAUCUUGUUGAAACUCUUAAUUAUUAUCGAGAAUCCAACCUGGAACAUCGACAACACGCUCAACAAGGAAUCCGCUUUAGCCAGAUGAAACUCUGAAAUAUUCAAAAGUUUUGUGAGUAAACGUUAACCUGAAGGAAAGAAAACUCUGUGUUAAAACUUUUUGUUUUUCUUUAUCUUCGCAGAGAACUUACAAUAUUAACUACAAAUCAUGGCAACAGCCUUUGUUAACUGGACUUUUUUUCUAGUGGUCUUCCAAAUUUCUCAAGCAUGGGGUCAAUUCCUGUUAUUGUCUUCGGACAAGAAGAAAGACUGCAAUAUGAACUGCAGUAGGGCUAAGUUAGUCCCUGUGUGUGCCACCGACGGGCGAACGUACCAAUCAAUCUGUGAAAUAGAACGUGCCAAGUGUGAGGGUUACCCUAUCGAACUAAAGCAUCAUGGGGAGUGUCCUGUUUCUGCCCGCUGCUUAGCCCAGAGGAAUAUGACCGAAAGUCAAUACAAACAUGACCAAGCCGUCAUGUUUAAACCACAGUGUAAGGAAGACGGUUCCUUCAAAGCAAUCCAGUGUCAUCAGCUAUCCGGCUACUGCUGGUGCGUGGAUAAACACGGAAAACCUCUCUCUGGGUCUUCUGUCAAGCAUGGAAAACCCAAGUGCAACACUCUUGGAAAACGUAGUGAUCAAGAGCGUUUAUUUCAUGCAGAUCGCAAGAGAAAAGUGUGCAGUAAUACAGACAGAACAACCUUCCACAAAAACCUAGUGAACAUCUUUCGAUCUGAAUACAAGCGACUGCUCUGGUCCCAAGAUAAUGACCCCAAGGCUGAUUCUGGGAGCAAGCACGUGAUUCAAUGGAAGUUUCGCCAACUCGACUCUAACCGAGAUAAUACGCUCAGAAGAAAAGAAUUUGGUGAUCUACGACGAAUGGCCAAAAAGAUCGUGGAGCCUCGCCUGUGUGCUAUAACGUUUGCGAGACACUGUGAUUUUAAUCAAGAUAAGAUCAUUUCUCUUAGCGAAUGGACGUCAUGCCUUACGAUGGACAUUAGUCUUUCUUUUCAAAUUUUUAUGUCAUUAAAUUCAGAGGAGCAGGAAGAGGCCAAAACCAAAGGAGGACGUUUCCCUGCUCAAGAAAAAAAUCGCGAUCUUCGGUCGUGGAGAAAUGUACAAUUUCCUGUAAUUCGGAAUGAGACGAGGUCUACAGAUCUAAGACCUAAGGAAGAACUCCAAGACUGCCUAACCGCCCGGAAAAAAGCGCAAGAAAAUCCAGAUAAUAGUCUGUAUAUUCCUCGUUGCAAGAAACGAAAUGGUCUAUAUGAAGAUAUUCAGUGUGUCAAACCCAAGAACAAACCGCCAACUUGCUGGUGUGUUAGGCCUAAAAAUGGCAAACCAAUUCCUAGAACUACAACACAUGGCAGCCGGCCACCUUGUAGGAAGAUGAGAAAAAUAGCCAAGAAAUUUAAAGGCUGCCGAAUUAGAAAGAAACAAAAGUUCUUACCACUAUUUAUUGACUACAUAAUGCAAGAAAUGUUGGAAUCAACAAGAAACAUAUCGUUAAGUAGAACAGUAAGAUCAACCAAAGAACAGGCAGCAAGAUGGAAGUUUAAUCAUUUGGACUCUAACAAGAACCAGAUGAUAGACAGAAAAAGCAAAGAAGGAAAACUGUUUAGGCGACAAUGGAAAUUCUUUAGAAAACCCCAUAGAGGACGAAAAAGGCUGAAGAAAUGUUGGCGAAAUUUCUUGAGAUUCUGUGACAAACUAGGGAACAACGACAAGAAAAUCUCGCUAACGGAAUGGCUGGAAUGUACAGAAGUGAAAAAAGGGGACAUGCCCGAAAACUUAAUAUCGAAGCUAGAAGGGCCUCAUCCAUUUAUAGGUUUAUUGAAAGCUCGUUAGAUUAAUCUUCAAGUCCCUUCCAGCCAUCUAGCGGAAGAAACAAGAGAACGUUGAGAAAUAAUUAUUUGUCAAUUAAAAUAAUACAAAUUUGUGUACCAACUGAGACCAGAAUUAGAAAAUAAUUAAAUGCUCGAGUUUUUGAAAUUUUUUGAAGGGAAGGAACGACAAAAACUGAAUGGCCGAUUGUUGUAACAAAUAUGAGGGCUAAGCGAACAUUUCAAAGAGAUUUAUAUGUCUGACGAAAGACAUCUUUGGCAAAUGUUACAUUUUAUGAGUGUCAUACUUAAGAAUAUAUAUAUAGAAUUAACGAGCAUAAAAGAAAACGUCGGUGACGUGGCGUUUUGUUUUUAAUACUUAAGAUGGUUGUCUUUGGAAAACUUUCACAUACUCUUGCAUCAUUUUCGAAUAAGAUCUACAUUUAAUUAAUGCAAAGUCAGCGAUAGUUAAACUGUGAAAUCUGACUUCGAUGUCGCGCAGUAUAUAGAUUCUGUAAAGGUUUGAGCAAUACUCGUGAGUAUGAAAAACAAUUCAUCAACAGUUGCACCAGAAGAAGAUUGUAACUGGACAAAUUCUCUAAAACAGAAUAUUUUACCCUUUAAAUUUUAGAAGUAUGUGAACUAGAAUUAAAGUAAAAACUUUCAACACUCUUAUAAACUUUGUAUGGAAGAAUCUAGAUCUGCUGGAUAUAUAUAUAUAUAUAUAUGCAUUUAUAAGCAGAGCGUUAUAUUCCAAACAUAAUUACAAAUUAGUAAUUAUAAUAAUAUCUGUGUUUUUUAUUUUAUUUUAUCACCGUUUCGCUUGUAUUAGUAUAGCACAAAAUAACGUUUUCUUCUUACUAUAGCUAUGUCCAACGUUUGAUGAUGAUUAUGAACAACAAUUAUAACAUAAGUUUUUAGCAAUUAGUUUAUUGUAGACUAGUUAGUAAUAUUUAUUAAAUUUAUUUUUAGAGCUUAAGAAUUUUUGUUAACGCUCAGAAUCUUUACACAAAUACCAACAGGACUUCGUAAUACGUGAUCGUUAAUGAAGAUAAAUCGUUUGUGUAAAGAUUUAUUUCCAAUGAAACGUUUUUCAAAUGCCAUAGACUAUAAACAUUUGAAAGAACUGUGGCUAAUCUCAGCUAAUAAUAAUAUUAGCCUUGUGGCUUAACUUAAUACUCAGCUAAUGAUAACAUUAGUCUUGUGGUUUAGCUUAAUACUCAGCUAAUGAUAAUAUUAGUCUUGUGGCUUAGCUUAAUAUUUUUAAAUGACCAUUUUUAAUACUGCUAAAAUAAACAUGUUUGUUUACCUUA